GCCACGGAACUCUCUUUCCGAAUGUGCGUUUUGGAUUAGACUCGUAUUUUUUUGUAGAAUAAAAAUAUAUUGAUCAUUAGAAUUCAUUUUUAAUUAUUGUGAUUGUUAAUUUUCUUUAUCAUGGAUACGGAUAAAGAUCGUAAACGCAAGAAAGAUAAGCAUCGUGAUGAAGAGAGUCGCAAGGAAAAGAAGUCUAAAAGGGCUCGCUCUAGGUCUCGUUCCCAGGAUAAAGAUCAAGAUAGAGAUUCAAACCGAAAGCGGAGGCAUUCUAGAUCGCAAUCACCAGCCGUCAAACGUGAAAGAGAUGACCGGAACCGCGAGGAACCCAAAGAAGCGGAGGUCAAAAAAGAUGUUCCUGAAAGGAAAGCCAAAGAUAUAGACAUGCUGAAUACGAGAACUGGUGGUGCUUACAUACCACCGGCGCGGCUGCGGAUGAUGCAGGCGCAGAUCACUGAUAAGUCGUCCAUGGCGUACCAGAGGCUUGCAUGGGAAGCCCUGAAAAAGUCUAUACAUGGUCACAUUAACAAAAUUAACGUGGGCAACAUAGGCAUUAUUAUCAAGGAGUUAUUGAAGGAGAACAUAGUCCGCGGUCGCGGUCUCUUGUGCCGUUCAGUAAUUCAGGCUCAAGCGGCGUCUCCAACAUUCACAAAUGUGUAUGCAGCAUUGGUAGCCGCAGUCAACUCUCGCUUUCCAAACAUUGGUGAACUAUUACUUAAAAGGCUAGUCAUUCAAUUUAAGAGGGGUUUCAAACGGAAUGACAAACCUACAUGUAUAUCUUCAGCCUCGUUUAUUGCACAUCUUGUAAACCAACGAGUAGCACAUGAGAUUAUUGCUUUAGAAUUGUUGACUCUACUUGUAGAGACUCCUACAGAUGAUUCUGUUGAGGUGGCAAUAGCUUUUCUGAAGGAAUGUGGUCAGAAGCUGAGUGAGGUAUCAUCGAAGGGUGUAAAUACCGUGUUUGAGAUGUUGCGUAACAUUUUGCAUGAAGGUCAGCUGGACAAGCGUGUCCAGUACAUGAUCGAGGUGAUGUUCCAAGUGUGGAAGGACGGGUUCAAGGACCACCCGGCGCUGAUCGAGGAGUUGGAGCUGGUGCCGGAGGAGGAGCAGUUUACACACUUGCUGAUGUUGGACGAUGCUACUGACCCUCAGGAUAUCCUAAAUGUCUUCAAACAUGACGAUAAGUAUGAAGAUAAUGAGGACAAAUACAAGACACUAAGCAAAGAGAUCCUAGGAUCUGAUGCAGAGUCGGGAGAAGAAGAUGGCUCCGGAGAAAGUGGCAGCGAAGAGUCUGAUGAUGAGGAAGAAGACGGGGAACAGAAGGAAGUCACCAUCAUUGACAAUACGGAGACUAACUUAGUAGCGUUACGGAGGACUAUAUAUUUAACCAUUAACUCUAGUUUGGACUUUGAGGAAUGCGCACAUAAGCUGAUGAAAAUGCAAUUGAAACCAGGACAGGAAGUAGAACUCUGCCACAUGUUCCUGGACUGUUGCGCCGAGCAGAGAACAUAUGAGAAGUUCUACGGAUUACUCGCACAACGAUUCUGCAAUAUUAACAGAAUGUACAUCGGUCCGUUUGAGGAAAUCUUCAAAGAAUCAUAUUCCACAGCUCACCGAUUAGACACAAAUCGCUUGAGGAACGUCAGCAAGUUCUUUGCACAUCUGCUGUUCACGGAUUCCAUAAGCUGGGAGGUGAUGGAGUGUGUGAAACUGAACGAAGAGGAUACCACGAGCUCGAGCCGCAUUUACAUCAAGAUCUUGUUCCAGGAGUUGGCAGAGUACAUGGGGCUCAAGAAACUGAAUGAUCGGUUGAAGGAUCCGACGCUGCAGGAGGCGUUCGGCGGCGUAUUCCCGCGAGACAACCCCAAGAACACGCGCUUCUCCAUCAACUUCUUCACCAGCAUCGGCCUCGGAGGCCUCACCGACGAGCUGCGGGACCAUCUCAAGCAGAUGCCCAAGAACGUGCCGCCGCCGAUCACGCAGAUCCAGGUGUCCAGCUCGUCCAGCAGCGACUCCAGCUCCUCGUCCAGCGAGUCGUCUAGCUCCAGCGAAUCCGAGGAAGAAAACAAAAAUGACAAACGCAAGAAAUCCAAAAAAGAUAAAAAUAAAGACAAAGCGCCGAGUCCAGAAAAAGAGAAAGAGAAACCUGUGGAACGCUGGGGACACGACGGGUUCUACGACCAGCACGGACCCGGCGCACGACGCGAGACAGGGGCUCCGCGACCUGACGACGGGUUCGCCCGACCCCGCGACCCGCCGCGGCGGGACAGGAGAAACGUCGAUGAACGAAGGGAAAGAAGUCAAGAUGAUUCUAGAAGACAAGAUAGAAGGAACGAUGACAGACGAAGGGAGGACUAUAGAAGUGACAGGGAUAGCGGCUACGAGGACUCCAGAAGACACCAAGAAGAUGUAAGAAAUGAAGCGCGAAGAAGAGAUGAUUCGAGAAGCGGCAGAGAUAGCGGAAUUGAAGACCGUCGCAGAGAUGAGUCUAGAGAAGAUUCUAGAAAGAAUAGAGACAGACGUGAUAAGGAUGAAGUUAGAGAGAAAAACAGAGAAAGCGACGAUCGGCGACGGAGAGACGAUAGAGAAAAAGAUCGUGAUGACAGUGACGAUGACGGAGACAGACAAAGAGAACGCAGAAGCAAAAGAAGUGACAAAGAUAAAAGUAGUAAAGAAAAACGGAAUACAGACAGAAGAAAUAGAGAAAGUGAUAGUGAUUCCGAAGAAGACGGGAGCAAAAAUAAAGAAAGAAAACGUAGAGAUUCGAGCGAAGAGAAGCGCGGUAAAAAGAAAUCUGAAAAGGAAAAUAUUGAAAGUGGCCGGAAAAGGGAUCGAAGGAAAGAGAGUUCAGAUUCUGAAGAUGAGAGGAGUUCUAAACAUGGGACAGAAGAUGGUUGGGACAUAAGAAGAGCGAGUAGUAUAAGAAGGGAGGCUCCGACUGGGUACUGGGACAGUUACAAAGUCGACCCAAGGGAGGAAAAGAGGUCUAAAGAUAGGAGGGAGCGCUAAGCAAAAUUGAUUAUUCAAAACAACACUGCGAUCACUUGGAUGAAAAUUUUCAAUCGUGAAAAAGUAGUGAAUACUUCAAUUAUUUUGUAACAUGACGAAGAUGAAGUGUAAAGUACCGAUCUGUAAAGACUUAGGCGUAAUUCCAUAUGUUAAAUAAGUUAUAAAUUAAAUGAAUGUGAACAUA